AGUGGGAGGACAAACUCCGCUCCGAAUGCUCGAGGCUCAAGGGCGAGCUGGACGGCCUCCACGCCGAGGAGAAGCACCUGGCAGUCGAGUCGAUGAAGGUGCAGAAGGAGCAGGAGAUCCGGGCGCUGAAGCAGUCGUGGGAACUUCGUCAGGAGGAAAUGACCAAGGAGAUUUCGACGCUGAAGGACAGUUUGACGGAGAAAGACGCUUAUUACCAUAAGGAAAUGGAGAACAUGAGAACCAUUGCUGAUCGCGACAUCUGGGAACUCCGCAGGAAGUAUCAGAAGCUGGACGAGAAAUCUUGGUCGCAGAUGGAGAACUUGCAGGAGAAACAUAGGGAGGAAAUGGACCGCCUUCGGGAGGAACACGAGGAACGCGUGAAGGAACUUGAGGCUCGACUGAACGCGGCCACGUGUCAGCUGCCAGACGAUGACGCAAGAGUUCAGAUGGAGAAGAUGUACAAGGAACAGGUCGAGCAUUUGACUGAACAGCAGACUCUCAGCAUGGAGAGACUACGCGAGGAGCUGGAAGCCGAGAAGUUCAGAGCCGUGGAGGAGGCGCGCGUGCUCGUGUCUAAGCAUCUGGAGUACGUGAACGCCACCCUCAGAGAACAGCUGACAGAGGCCGUCACGAGUAAUAACAUUUACCGACAAGAGAGCGAGGCGAUGCGCAUGGCCCUCCAGCGUCGCGAGGAGGUCAUCCAGAGCCUUGAAGAGGACAUGGCCAAGCUCAAGGCGGAGUAUGGCCUCAACAAGAGUCCCUCCCACCCUCACUACAUGGCCUCCCAGAGCUCCCUGGCCUCCUCCAACGACUCCAGCAGCACCUCCUCCAGUAAUUCUCAGGACCGCGUCAGCCUGUCGGAGUCCAUCGGGGCUUCGGCCGAGGAGGAGACGCCCAAGUCGGGCGGUAGCGGUCUCCUUGGCAAAGUAUUCGGAGGCGGUUGGUUUAGCAGCUCCAAGACUAAGGAAACGCCUCGAAGGGGAAGUGCGCCCUCUACGGGUAAUCAGUCAAAAACGUCAACGUAGUCCUCACAACCUACUCGAAGAUGCCCCCCCCUUAUACUCCCUCCUAAUACACACUCAUACACACCCUCCUUUGCGUUCCGAAGGGGGUGGUGUGCACUAGCGUGUGUGUGGGGGGGAGGAGCCACAUAAAAGGGGCGUGGCUGAAUAUUUUCGUCUGACGUCAUCAGCAGCAGAGAUCGUCCGAAUGGCUUGUCUGUUAUUCUCUGUUUCUCUUCUUCUCUUCGUCUGUCAUUUCUUUCUUUAUGUGCUUAUGUCGUGGGCUCCUGGUUUAUUUAUUUAUUUUUUCAAAAGGAAUGAAUUUAUUUUUAUUGGAAUUUGAAGACUGACUUAGAUGUUGUUCUGAUUCCAAUUUGUUUUUUAUUGAUAUGGAGAACUAUAUAAAAAACUAUACAAAAGCAUCAAAAGAUAAAUGAAAUCAAAACGUUCUGAAAAGCGAGCCCAUGACGUCAUAGGGAUAGUCUCUCCGGUUUUCCUUUCAAGUUUUUUCUAAACCUCUCUUCAAGCGACGCUUUUUCUCUGAUGACAUUCUUAUUCCACAAAUGGUAUGGAGAUUUUGUCUUAUAUUUAUUGCUUUUACAAUGUAAAAACUGUAACAAAAACGAAAAAAUGAAAAAAAAAAUGGCCGUAGGUUGAGCUCCGCUGUGGCUGCUCUCUGUAUGCAGGAUUCCUUGUGCCAAAAGGUAGAUGAUUAGAUCAUUAAUUAACGUUCAAUUACCGGGAAGUAGACACUACUACGGUAGAACGGAUUCAUUAACGAUCAUCUACCUAAACAUAGAGUUGACAACCCUAUCUUGAAAGUGUCGUAGAUGAAGGCUGUUGACCCGCUGACCCGUUUAUUCAAAGGCGCUUCUAUAAGGAAGGGUCUGAGGUCACGUCUCAAGAAGGCAUUCACGUGUUUCUCGGUCUCUUGAAUCAGGUGGCUAUUCUGUUGAAGAUUCAUAAAUAACACGAGUGAACACAGUGAAAACGUAGGAGAAAAGUGUUCACUGGUGCUUACAAACUGUGUUAUUAUAAUGAAUAAAUGAGUAUAUGUAUGUAUAUAUAUAUAUAUAUAUAUAUAUAUAUAUAUAUAUAUAUAUAUAUAUAUAUAUAUAUAUAUAUAUAUAUAUAUAUAUAUAUAUGUAUGUAUAUGUACAUACAUGUUUUCUUUAGUUGGAAGCCUUUGGCAAGAAAAUACUAUUUAUGAACCUUCAUUACGAAGAACAAACAAUACUGCUCUUUUAUUUUCUAUACUGGGUUUGUACGUCGCGUUGCUGUAUUGGCAACACUGCGAUACAUCCCAUGGAUAUAAAUUUGGCAGAUUUUGAAGAAGCACUAUAGGCCUUAAGAUAUUUCCAGCCCUCGUAGAGUAAGGUGACAUAGUAGACUUGUUAACGGCAAGGAAUAUAAGCUCCCGUUCAUAUAGACAUGUACUAUAUAUAUAUAUAUAUAUAUAUAUAUAUAUAUAUAUAUAUAUAUAUAUAUAUAUAUAUAUAUAUAUAUAUAUAUAUAUAUAUAUAAAACCCGAAAAGAACAAAAAAUGUCAGUUUCAGACGAAUAUCACUCUUAACGAUUAAAGAAAGUAGCUGCACUUUGGAUCAAUGAUAAAGUUAAUAUUUGCUAAAACGAUUUUGUUCUCAAAGUCUAAUAUCUGAGUCUCGCAUCCAGCAACGGAAUUAUUCAAACGGUGCUGAGGCAUUUGGAACCUUAUGCGAUAGUGACACAGAGGUGAAAUUAGCCCGAUGGAGUUCCCUUGAGGCUCCAUGCAAAUGUUCCAAUAUUACGGCAUUGAUACGUUCUGUGUGCGUGUGUUAGCGUCUGUGUGCACGUACAUGGGUGAAAUAUUAAAGCAUAGUGUGUGCGUAUGUAAGUAUGUGAGUGAGAGUUAAUUAAAAAAAAAAGUAAUACAGAAUUAGAAGAGAUAUAGGAAAUGUAAAAGAGUUUUUGUAGUUUUAUAUUUCAAUUGUAGAAUUAAGCUUUAUCCUGUGUCAGUCUUUCUCCGCGAGGAAAUUUUAGGUAUUGUGGUAAUACUUGCUUUAUAAAUAUAGUUUGGAGGUUUUCCUUUAACAUUUGGUUAAUAGACUAAAUAUAAUGUAUAUGUACUCACGUGUGUAUGGAUAUACAUACUUGUUUUCUUUUAUAUAUAUAAUAGGGCUAUUAACCUUUUUUUAGCUUGUGUUAUGACGCACGUGUAGAGAAUAGGUUAGUAUAGCUUUCUUUAUUUCUGGAUGGCAUUUUAACCAAGAUUAUUUAUUAUGAUUAUUACUCAUCUCUUCACUUUUCUGUUGUUCAUGAUCCUCGUUCUUAUGAUAUGACAUUAACACCUCUUUUUUGUAUAAAGAUGACAGGAGCUUCACUGCAAUCGGCGAGUUAAAAUAGAGUAUAUUUUCAUCUUUGCAUUUUAACUCUGCGGAAUUUUGUGGAGCUUAGACAUAUAUAAAGAAUAGUGUUGUUGUUUUUUUUUCUUAUCUUAUCUUUGGUGUAUAUAUAUAGGUGAGAAAUUAUUUAGAUGUAACCCUACAGCUUUGUAUUCCAUGCGCAUGAGAACAGUGUGCAUGUGUGUGUGUAUCUAUGUGCGUUCGCUUUCAACGCAAUGACGUAAGUGUGACGCAGUGAUACAGGUUGUGACGUAAUAGGGGCGAUGCCUGUCUGUCACACUGCGUUUUAUGAUGGGCGAGAAACUCUUGACUGCCCAGCUGUAAGAAAACCUUUUUUAUAACUACUGAAAUAAAAAGAAAAUGAAAGGCA